AUGCCGAUGGUCAUCGAAUUGAACCUAACAAAGGAGGAAGCGAAGAAGAAGUUUGUUCUUUCUGAAAUUGAGGACACAAUGACAGUCAAAUUUUAUUCGAAAGAUGCAAAACGCGGAAUAAUUUAUUGUAACACAUGUCACGACGUGAUUCCAAUCAUUUCGUCUCCGAAAUAUACACCUCAAAGAGCAAAAGAAGCCCAUCUUGACUCGCCGUUUCAUCGAAGAUGCGCAGAAAUCAUAGAAUCGAUUAAACAAAUGGAUAAUGAAAAGAUUUACAUGUCGGAGUUUCAAGAGCAUAACGAUUUUAAAUGGAGACAAGCUCCUGAUGGAGUUUGGUAUUUGAAUGAGCCGGUUGGCCUCAAAUAUGGAUGUAAUAAUGAAACUGAAAAAAUUUGCACGUUGUGUUUUUGCUAUGUUGAUUCGAAAGAGCAUUUCUCUAGUGAAGCUCAUGUUGUCAAUUAUACAUCAAAACGUAAACCAUACGAAAUGUUUUUUGUGAAGCAAAUGAUUGGCGACGAGAGGCGAGAAGGGUGCAUUAAACUACUCUCGAAUGAAUAUAUUGGAAACGAUUUUGAUCACAAAGUGCUUAUCAACAGAUUUCCAUCGCAUAUUCAGAAUCUCCUUUGUGGUGACACUCGGUCUUAUAUGGACGUAGCGCCGGAGAUUAUCAACAACUACAAUGCACGAUCCAUAUUUUGUCCAAUAUGCAAUAGUGUUUUUCCGUAUAACGGAAACGGUGAAUUGACGGCUGAGGAAUGCAAAUUGGCGUACAUGAAGCACAUAUAUGAAAUUGGCCAUUUUGAGACAUUGGCAAGACGCGGAACAUACACAUUCAACGAUGAAUACUUCGCGCCGUAUCCUCCAACAGUCACAAAAAUGGCCGUGACACCGAAAUUGAGAUGGGAAUACGUCAAAGACACCGACAUGCUUAUUCAAACAUUAUGCGAUGUCGGAUUAGAGUAUGUCGUUGAAGACGACGAUCACGAUGAGGUUGUUUGCACGUUGUGCGUUCGCAAAUAUUCGAGAUCUGAGCCGACCGUCCUUAAUUAUCACGUGCGCUCGCUGAAUCACAUCAAACAGUAUUUGAAUGUUAUCAAUAGGAAUACUAUCGAUUUGAUCGCAACCAAGUCGGACGAAGAGCGUAAUGACAUUCUGAAAUUUUGGCUGGAAAAAAAUUCGGCGAGUUUUGCCAAAGACUUUAAGGUUUAUUCAAAGAAAAAAUGUUUGCAAUUGUCAGAUUGGAAGGACGUGCCUAGCCGAAUUAUCAACUACACACCGUUUAGCCAGUCUGUCGAUCGAGAUGUGUUCGACACCCUUUCAGAUAUAAUUGAUAAAAUAUCUUGUGAUGGAGUUGAAUCGGCUACAAUUAGCGCUCAUGAUGCACUGAUUGGAAAUAAUGUGAAAAUUAUUCGCAAUAUCGCAAAUAAUCUUGGAAAUAUAAUUGAAGCCGUUUGUAGGUGUAUGUCAUGCGAAUUGGUUUUUCAUGUACAUCUUCCCGAUUGGAUCCCAGAUGUGUUUCAGAAGCAUCUUUGGACUGAAGAACAUUUAAUCCGCUAUGAGAAUUUUGAGGCAAACCGAUACGAUGAAUACGGAAUCAGUGACGAACGUUCGACAUACACAGUCAAGGAAUUCGAACAAAAAGACCCAACUAAGAAAGUGACGUGGCAAUGGAAUUCAACGAAGAAACUGCACGAAUAUGUGAGAAGUGUCGUCGGAUUGCAAGAUAUUAUCGAAAAAAGAGAAUAUGUUGAUAAUAAGCUUAAUGCUGAAUUCUUUUGCACUUUGUGCGCAAAAAUGAUUCCCAAAAGAGCUGCUCUAUUGGAAUCCCACGUUCGAGAAGCCAAACAUCUUGUUAACUUCAUGCACAAAUAUCAUCCGUUGAAAGUAAGAGAAUUCGAAAUUCUCGGAAGAGUCCAAGAUAAAGGAAAGGAGCAACGGAAAUUUUUGACCGAUUUGCUCAAGGACGUCCGUCCCCCAACGGCCUAUUGUAUUAGGAUCUAUGAUCCGGCUGGAAAAGCCGAAAAAGAAAAAAUUGCUGCAGAGCAGAAAAAGCUAGAAGAAACUCGCGCCAUGGAGAGAAUGGCGGCGAGAGAAAAGGCAUUAGAAGACCGAAAGAAUCGGAUAGCGGAAUUGGAAAAGAAGAGAUUGGAACAGAUAAAAUAUGCUGCUGAGAAAAACCAUCAACUUGAAAUGGAACGCCGGAAACGGGAAGAAGAAAGAGAGGCGCGGAUCAAACUCGCGUUGGAACGGGCACAAAGAGAUAAAGCCUUGAUUCAAAAUGGACCAGAUCUGAGUCAGAAAAUUGAUAUUGCAAAACACGUGGAACAAGCUCAUCUCUUACGAGCUCGAACAACCGAAAAGAUGAGAUUGGAAGAAGAAAGGAAAGAGAUCGAAGAAAGAAUAAAGGCUCUCAAUCCACCGAAGUUAAUUAUACCUGGGAAUCUCGCACCGAAAACUGCGCCAUUGACGAAUUUCACUGGUGUUCCUCGACCGUUGAAUCCUCCUCCGAUGCCGCAAUGGAAUGGUCCACCCGUCGGUGUACCACCUCCGCCAAUAGCAUACGGUUAUCCUGGAAUGCAUGGUUUCAAUGGAGUUCAUCCAGUUCCUCCACCGAGUGUUAUGACUCAUAUACCACCUCCACCACUGCAAAAUAUUGUUCCACAUAUGCCUGUUCCGCCGCCAGCUGUUGCCCAACUGACACCAGCAUAUAUCAGAAGACCAUCACUUAAAGAUCGAAAUGUCGAUCCUUUCCUGUUUGGCGACAAAGUGUCGACGAAACACGAUGUGAUGGAAUAUCUCAUGAAGAAGGGAGCCGAAAGGAUUCCAACCAACGAGCUUCCUGAAGAAUUCAGUAGAACUGCAAAUGAAAUUCCUGGAGCACUUGGCAUUGAUUCGAUUUACGAAGUGGUGUGUAUCGAUGAUGAGAAACUCACUAGUUAUUUCUGUACAUUGUGCGCUGAAUGGAAUUCAGCGAAGGAAAUGAUGAAGCACGUCGUUUCUGAAAACCAUACAAUGGGUUAUUUGUUUCGAAAUUAUAAAAAUUACUACGCGACAGUGAAAAACGAAAAAGAUAAGGGUAUUCGACGAGCUAUUCUCAAAAACUUUAGUAAAGACGUUCAAAAGAUGGAACAGGGAGAACAUAAAGUCGAACAUCGAAUGCACGCGGUUCUCAGCAAAAAAGUUUUUGUGAAUGCGUGGCCUGGAUAUGAAAAAUAUUUCUUCGAUGCCGCUCAAUGGAAAACAAGCGGAUUCCAAGAAAUCAAUUACGAGCCUGUUCCUGUUCCGGCGCCAAUUUCAAAAUCGGCACUCAUUUUAGACGAUGACGAUGACGAAGACGAUCAAAGAUCGAAACACGGAAAAUCGAGCAAGAAACACAGGGAGAAACGCAGAAGAUCGCAUAGCAGAUCGCGAAAAAGGAGUCGCAGCAAAUCAAGAACACCACGAUCAUCUCGCUCUCGAAGCAGAUCGAGAAGUCGCGAUAGACGUCGACGUCGCUCAAAAAGCCGAUCGAGCUCAUGGGACAAACAUCGUUCUUCGAAAAAUCAGUCGUCAUCUUCUAAAAAUUGGGCUGCAGAAACUGAUGCGUUUCUAGCAAAAUUGUCGUCAGGAAAAUCAAGUGGACGAUCAGAAAGAAGUUCAAACCAUCGCGAUCCUCUUCGAGGAAAUAGUUCGACAGAAGAGAAAACUGACGACAAAAGUUUUGCUGAGAAAAUAGCGCAACUUCGAAAUUUGACCAAAACUGGUGCAGUGAAGGGCAGUGAAAUCGAUGAAUACGAGGAAAAAAGAAAACUGGAGGCUGCAAAAAGAGAAGAUAUUUUGCGCGCUGAAAAAGAAAUUGAGAAGAGGCGCAUUGGAAGCAAGCAGUUGAGCGAAGAUGACAAAACGAAACAACGAAAAAUGUUGGGAGUUAUUAUCACAAUGCAACAACAAGUAGAGCGUGGAGAGCCUGUGGAUAAAAAGAGGAUCGAAGAAUUAUAUCGAGAAGUUGGUUUGAAUGCUGGAGAUGGAGAAGAAUUGUUGAGAAAAUUGACAAGUGGACUUCCUGCUGUGCCGAAACCGGCACCAUUGUCAAUCGAUUUUGCUUCAUACAGCAUCGCUCCCACUACAUCAGGUACGAGUGCAUAUAAAGCAGCAGUUCAAUCAACACUUUCAUCAACUUCAACGCAACACAAUUAUAAUCAGCCGGGUGUUUCUUCUUCUUCUUCUUAUCAAAAUCCAGCUUAUAGAUUUGACAACCUCAAACGAAUGGCACCUUCACAGUCUGCGCAGGGCUCAACGUCUUCGAUUUUACCACCAUCGUAUUAUGAGAAACAAUCGCAGGAGAUUUUUAAAGAUUCGGUAUCUCAUGUAUACCCAGAGACUACUCAACCAGUUGUGAAGAAGGCGAAAGAAAUAAGCGCAGACGAUGAUUCGGAUGAUGAGUAUUUGGAAAUUAUGUCACUUAUAGGUAAAAAACCAAGUACGAAAGACGGAUCAAGUAGUCAGAACUCGACGACUUCGACACCUCAAAAGAUGGACGUGAAACCAACAAUAUGUCCGGGACAGAAAAUGGCUUUAGCGAGAACGGUUUUGCCGAACGGGCAGAAAGUUAAAGUUGAGAAUCCGGCAGAAAUUGGGACAUUGGUGUCCAAUCCACAAUCGACGUCGAAUCAAAACAUCGCGAUUCCCGGCGCGAAUCAAGUUCACCAACCUAUGGUUCCACAGAAUAUGCAACAAUUUUCAAACCCUCCACCACCUCAUAUAAUGAUGCAGCAACAGUACGGAAUGCCCCCUCAUCCAAUGGGUUACCAAAUGCAACCACAACCACAGCAAAUGUACACGAUGACACAACCGCCGCCGAACAUGAUGCCGUCGCAUUAUCCGCCGGGAAUAAUCGAAAACCAACAAUACAUGCCGCAGCCACCACCGGGAAUGUAUAUGCAACAGCACAUGAUUCCGCCGCCACAACCGGGAUUGCCCACCUACGCGCCGCCCCCUAAUUUCCAGCAUCAGCAGUAUUACUGA